CUUCUCUCCGUAGACGCUAGUCGACAUGUUUGGGGAUUUAGCGCCGAUCGAAAUGAUUGAGGCGGUGCUUUGAAGUUUGUUAUCGUAGUGUUAAUUUUGGCCCUACUUGGUUUAAAAAAAGUAAUGAAUGUUUUUGUGCAUGUUGGAUCUAAAAAGUAAAAUGUCUUUAAAUAAUAUCUAUCUGAAGGAGACGAAACUUACAUCUACCAAAAACAAGUUUCUCUUUCAUUCAGCUGAAAGACUCCGAGAAGACUUAAUAAACUGUGAAAAUUUCUUGCUAGACGAGAAAGAAAGAAAAAGAAAAAUAAAGACAGAUCCUUUGCACAUUGUAUUUGAAGAGGCAAUUCCCAUUAAGAAGAAAAAAAAGAAGGAAAAAACACGUGCUGCGCGUUUUUUUCAUGAAAGAAGCAUAAGUCGAGAAUGUGAAGAUCAGUUUGAUGAUGUUGAUUUGGAUGCAAGGUUUCUCAGAUCAUCUCCACGAGAUGGUUUUAGAGCAGCUGUUGCAGCCUGUCACUAUACAGAUGAAUCAGUGCUUUCAGAACUUGGAACAACUGUUUCAGAAGUUGCUGUUCAGCCACGCUUUGCUGGAGGGGCCAUAACUUCUUUUAGUGCAGAUUUAGCAUCAAAUUUGAGAAACUCGCCUCAUUUUUCUCCAAUGUCUCCUGGGUUCUCCAAUACUGUGUUAUCCUUUGGUUCUUCUGCUAUGCCUUCUACUUUUGGUGCAAAUGCAAAGCCUCUUCUUAGAAAAAGUGUUUUCACAGCUAAGCAGACUUCUUCAGAGGGGUUUUCUGGUCUUUUUGGUCCUAAGGUACUUGUGGUCAAUUUGUUUGAAAUGCCCGCAUAUAGCUUUAGUUUGGAAGAAGGUGAUGAUACUAGAACAGCAGAAAAAAUAACUUCAUUGGAUUUAGAUGAGGAUUAUUUAUUGCGAGUGAAUAAAAUACGAAACUUGAAAAUUAAAAAG